AGUGCGCGUAGCGCUGAGGGGGCCCGGCGGCUUUCCUUAUGCUUCGUGACAUCUCUGCCCGCUUGCCAUGGAGCUUCCAGGGCGCGUGCCUCUCGGAGUCUCCAGGAUCCUGAUGGACACAGACUGGUCUGAACCAUGGAUCUUAGGGCUUGCAUUUUUCCACAUAGCUUGCCUGUUUCUCACAUACUUUUCAUUCCAGCACUACCGCCUGCAAAUAGGACACUUUCUUUCUCUCAUGGUUCUCGUAUUCUGUGCAGAAUAUAUAAAUGAAAUGGCUGCUAUGAAUUGGAGGUUGUUCUCAAAACACCAGUACUUUGAUUCGAAAGGAAUGUUUAUUUCCUUGGUGUUCUCAGCGCCAUUGCUACUCAAUGCCAUCAUCAUUGUGAUUGCUUGGGUCUAUAAAACAGUGAAUGUGAUGACAGAACUAAAAACCAUGCAGCAAAAAAGGAAAGCAAGAAGAGAAAAUAAGAAAAGCGAAUAAAGAAUUCUGUAACUGUGUUUAUUUGGGAGAUGCUUACUGUCAGUCUUAACAUUGUGAUAUUGGAAGAGUUGAAUGUUUUAUGGCCUUAAAAUAUUUCUCUUCCACCCAAAUAGAAGUCUUCUCUUCUAUUCCAAAUUCAGCCUUCUGAAAGAAAAGUCUGUUCUAUCAAGUGAGCCAGUAAUAAAGCAUUUUAUAUGAUAAAUGUAAUGUUAUGCUAUGUAUGCAAUCAUGGUACUUUUAUACACAAGGGAAUCCUUUGUGCAGCAACAAUCAGAUACAAAAAGCAUUGUUAUUAAAAUUAGCCAUUCCAUUUCCUUCCAGUUGAAAAUGACAAUAUUCUUGGUUGCCAAUUCAUAAAAAUGCUGAUAGUUAAUGGAGGUUGUUUUUUAGUGCCAACUAUUAUACCAGUGUCACCUGUAACCUGGACGUCUGUGCAGUCAUUUGCUGUGCAUAACAGCAUAGCCAGUGCUCAAAAGCAUUUCUGUUUGACACUAAGUUCCUUGUACUCAAUGAGCUUCAAUUUUAAGCAUUUGUAUAUAACCGAGAUGUAAACUAAUAAUUGUAUAUUACUGUACAUACCAUUACACAGACAUUGUUGGGUUUCGUAUUAAACAUUUCUUUAGGUGCA